GUAGGAAGGAUGGGAGUCGGGGGAAAUGGGAGUAAAGGCUUCCGGGAUGGUCCAGUGCCCAAUGAUGGCUUCGCCCAUCACAUUCCCACCCCCUCUUGUCAACCUAUUCUCCCCAUGAGACCCAUUCCGCCGGAUGGAAGAACUUCCGAAGAUGGUUAUAAAAGGCGUCAACUUUUCCCUCGAUCAUCCUGUCCCUCCUUCUUCCUUUCUCAUCUCUCCAGUCCUCGUCUUCCUAUCCCAGCCCGGCCAUAUCAGCUUACCUAGUUCCAACCACUCUCUCGUAUCAUACUUCUUCAACCAUAGUUGAACACUUGUUAGAUCAUUGCACCUUGUUUUAUUAGUUCAACUUCUGUUGUCCUUUGACAUAUCUUACCACAAUGGCCACCCAUCACUAUCAAUCCCCUGCCCUCCCUAUCAAUGUUCCUUCCAAAGCUCCUGUUCCGGCCGGCCUCUAUCCCGUCAGUCGCAUAUCUGGUUCUCCUCCAGAUGUUUCCGACACUAGCACCACUACGGGAAGUCGCACCUCCGCUGGGUUCAGCUAUGGCUCCGGAAGCGUGGGAGGCGAAUAUGAGUCCAGUGCCGCUUCGUACUCCGGGGUCGAUGUCAUGGAUGUCCUGAGUGAUCGCAUGCAGAACGUGUUUGAUCCGACUCCAUUGGACAAAGGCCUAGCAAAGCAAGCGCAAACAUCCGGCCAAUUGAACGCAAAGCAGCGAGAACUUCUUGAAUUGCAAGCACUCGCUCAGCGCCGCCUGAAAGGUGCCCGCGCCAAUUUCUCAGACGGUAUCAAGGUUGCCCGUGAGACCAAGCGGGAUCUUGAGUGGACCCAGAAACGCGUAAAUGUCCUGAAGACGAAGGCCGAACGUGCACACCCUGAUGAGUACCGACGAGCGGCGAAGAAGUACACUUUUGACGACGACAACUGAUCUCUCGGUGGAGCAAAAGAUCUUUCCAUCUAUUAUUUCUUUUUCAAAGGCACGGUAUAUAUCUAUUGGCGGCGGUCACGAGUCCAUGUUUGAUUAUUUGUUCGAGGGAUGGAUCGUUGGUUGUCAAUUCUCUGUGAUCCAGCCAUAGGCUGGUUCGCGGAUUGGCGUUUUGGGACGGUUUGCUGUUUAUAUUCGAUUUCCCACAAACUGAUGUUGGGCGGGCGUGUUCUUGUUUCUAUCACCUG